AGGCCGAUGCAUCACUUCCCUAGUGCAAUUGUGGUGUCACCAGCGACCUCGUUGGUCGUGAAUGUCUUUCCUCGUGGGGCGUCGCUCAGCCUCGGCUGGACAAGGGACAUUUUCCGUCGACAUGCAGCGAUGACGAGGCUUUCAUGCUCUGUUGACGCCGUCGGGAACCUUCCUCAUCCCCGAACAGCCUUGCUGAUCAGGGACACAAGCGAUGCCGCAAGCGCCUCUAGAGAGGAGAUAGUCGCUGGCAUGCUCGAAACGCAGGGCUUCGAGGUUACCGCGCUGCCGGGAGUGGAAGAAGCGGCCCAACUCCUCGCGGGCCUGUCUGGCGAGGCAUUGCAGCUGACAGUGCUGUUUGAUCUUUCGGGGUGGCGGGCUGAUCGCUGCGCAUGUGAAGGGGCCGGGUUGGCGGGGAUGUACUCGUUUAAGCAAGCAACCGGCAUGUUUAAGAAGGUUUUCGGAGCAGACGAAGCGCCAGGCUGGAUAGAUCCGCUCGCUGGAUCGUCCUACGAACAGAUCUUGGAUAGAAAAGGCUGGGGAUUCUUAGCAGAGGACAAAUCGGAGCCGAGAUUUGCGUUCGGCCUGAUAGAGACGCCCCCUUGGGAGCGCGCGAGAGGCAAAGGAGCGAGCACGAGAAGAAGGGGAUGGGGCGCCUGUGUCCCCGCUGGGAUACUCCCUCCUGCGCAUGACAGACGAGGAGGUGGAGACGCGCCCGGUUCGCCGGCACCAGGCGACCGCGCCACCGCCAGCGGCGAUGAUGGCACAGAAGAAGCAGACCAGGAAGUUCGCGAGCCGGGGGUGUUCGCGUGCGCGUUGGGGGGCUUGCCCUUGUUCCUGUCGGAGGAUGAGCUGCUGCCGCCGGCGAGCGCGAUGGAGGGGGGAAAGAGGGGGCGGCGAGACAACGCCUGGCCGGGGUUUUCCCGCCCGGUGCAUCCCGAACACGUGGUCUUCCGAGAAGAGAACGGGCCGCUGAGGCGGACGGAGGUCCUUUGCGCCAGGAGUGGGGCUCACCUUGGCCAUUUGUUUGACGAUGGGCCUCCUCCCAAUGGCAAAAGGUUCUGCAUCAACCGCUCGGCGCUGACGUUCGUUCCGAUGGACUCCCCGCUCCCGAGGGAGUACCGGCCGAUUCACCGCCCGGCGGCCUCGGCGUUGGAAGGCCUCGGCACCGGCACCGGCUUCGGCGCAGUCUUGAGAGGUUUGGAGCUCGAAGUCGCUACCUUUGGCGGGGGGUGCUUCUGGCACGUGCGGGACGAUUUCUUGGCUGUCCCCGGUGUCCACGAGGUCUCCUGCGGUUACUGCGGACGAAUAGAGGCAGUUCGAGUUGCUUUCGAUCCCGCCGUCGUGCCGUAUUCGGACUUGGUCCGGUGUUUCUUCGAUUUUCAUGACCCCAGCACGGGCGACAGGCAAGGGAACGACUGGGGCCCCCAGUACCAGGCCGCUAUCUUCCCGCACGACGAGUCCCAGAAAUGUUCCGCGGACCGGGCCAUCGCGUGGGCGCAAGACUUGCUCGACAAGGCUGGUGGGGACCGCGACGGUAACGGUGAUGGUGGCCGUCAUCAACGGCGGGAUGGGGGUGGCGGUGGCGGUGCCACCCCCCCGACAUGGUGGGAGUUGGGCCAGGAAGUCAGGACCGUUGUGCUGCAGACAGGAGAGGACUGUUUCACCCCGGAAGCGUCGCCGAGCGAGUAGAUAGCGCGUGCAGUGGUUGAAUAUCCUUCCCGUGGUUGAUUCCUCGUGAUGUGGUUGAUCGCCCCAGAAAGAGAAAGAUAAAUAUACGCAGGGAGAAAGGCAGAGAGGGGGGAGUUGCUUUCAAU